AGUUAAUUUCUGUCACACACACAACGCCACGUGCUAUCUCAUUGCGAAAAAUCUUCAUUUUGCAAAGGGGUCAUGUUUGGGCAGUUAAAAUGACAACUGACAACAGCUUUUUGACAGAUUUGAACAAUUUCUAUUUCCCACUCUCUACUAUCGGAUCUGUUUGUUUAUCAAUGCAGCAUGAAGCAUUGAUACAUAAAUAAAAGUUCUUUCCUCACAGUCAUCGAACGAAGUCUACCUGAAAAUUGGAGGAAAACGAGACGAAACAGGCAGAAAAAGAAAAGGAAAUAUGGCGUUGUCUGGUGGAAUGCCAGGCUCAGUAUCUGCCUUGUUAGCAGAACAGGAGUCUUGUUACAUGGACUUCGCGGAAGCACUGAAGCGCAUUGUAACAAGCAAAACUUUCGAUAAGGAGUCGUUCAAGAACAGGCCGUUAAACAUUUCCGAGGCCUACGUUUUGCUGUGGCAAAAUAUGACGAGCGGAAGUAUUGAUGGUAAAUCGAACAUGAAUCUACGAGUUGGUGCAUUUGCUGCAGUACUUGUCGACUUGCUUGUUCGAGACAAAGUUGAAAUAGUCAAUGACGUAACUCACUUGGGAAGUGACCAGAAUCAGAAAUAUAUCGUUAAGGUUCUUGAUACAAAACCUACGGGAACAUACUUGGACAAUGCUGGAUUUAGUAAAAUUCUGGCCUACCAAAAGGCAAAUUCAAGUGGGCCCAGGCUGCUUGAAACCUGGUUAGAAGAGGGACGUGAGGACGCUGUCACUCCAACCUUGAAAAAUCUGAUCGAGAGAAAGAUUCUGGGAGAUGUACACACGGGGCUCUUUGGCACGUUGCAUAAAUACCCAACAAAAGAUGCAAGCUUUGAAACUGCUUUGGAUGCAGAAAUGAAGCAGGUUUCAUUGAAAGAGUGCAAGCCCGAUAGCUUCAUGUUGUCUUUGUUGACUUUGUCAAGAACAGCUGACAAUCUGUUCACAUUUGUUGAUCCAAUUUUGCGGAAACAUUUCACCAAAGACGAAUACAAAGUGGCGAAAGAAAACAUCAAAGUGAUUGUGCAAUCCCAAGGAGAAGUCUUAAGAAGUCCGAAACUUGAUCGCAAAAAGCUCAAAAUCUUAAGAUAACUAGUAAUAAAUCAUCACAACACUUUAAACUAUAGUAAUUUUUUGGGUCAUUACACUGAACGGUUGAGGUGCAAAGUCGGAGAUUCUUAUGAGAGGGGUUGGGGAAGUGGUAAUUUAAAAGGAAAAAAAUUAUUGAAAAGUGAUUGCUCUGUUUUGUGAAAUGGGAAAGUCCGUAAUAUACGACUAUUGCGAAAAGCAAAGCUAAAAUGAAAUAUUGCGAAGUUCAAAAUAAAGGAGACGCUA